AUGGUACUCUUGAAGGUCUUCGUGCUCGUCGCGAGCAUCCAGCAGCUUGUCGCCGGUCUACCGCAAGUGCAUGUAACGCCAAAUUCACGUGCGGCGACGGGAUGCGGCAAAACACAGCUGCUUCCAGGCGUCACGCAGUACCGAUUUGGGCUCAAGAGCAGCGGCAAGGAUCGCAGCUACUCGUACCACCUCCCGUCCGAUUAUGACAAGAAUAUGAAGUAUCCGGUUGUUGUGGGGUUUCAUGGAUCGAGUAGCAUUGGGCUAUUCUUCGAGCUGGAUACUAAGAUGAGCGAGUCGCGGUAUAGCGGUAAUAAAGUUAUGGUGUACCCGAACGGCAUCGACGGCAGUUGGGCGGGGCCAACGUACCACAACGGCUCCACUGUGCAAGAAGACAUCCAAUUCGUAGCCGACUUAGUAGCGGAUCUAAAGUCGAGCGUUUGCGUGGAUGACACCAAAAUCUUCGCAACCGGCAUGUCCAACGGCGGAGGCUUCAUCGGCACCCUAGCCUGCGACCCCCUCGGCAGCACCCUUUUCGCAGCCUUCGCCUCCCACUCCGGCGCCUUCUACACCGACACCGACGGCCCCAACAACGGCUGCAAUCCUACCAACCCUCCAAUCGCCAUGCUCGAAAUCCACGGCGACGUCGACAAGACGGUGCAUUAUGAAGGCGGGCAGGGGGAUGGCGGGCCCGAACCACCGAUUCCGGAGUGGCUGGAGUGGUGGGCGCAGAGGAACGGAUGUGAGGGGAAGAAAGAGGAGGGUCUUGCGGAGGGUGAUGUGCAUCAUUUUAGUUGGAUGUGUGGCGGGAAGGGGGGGCUGGUGCAGCACUAUAGGGUGGGUGGGAUGGGGCAUUGUUGGGCAGAUACGGAGCCGAAUCUCUCGCAGAUCUCCGUCCCCCAAGGACCUGCCCCUAUCCGAGCAAGCGAGAUUAUUAUGGGCUUUUUCGAUACGUUUUAA